AUGGCGCAGGAAUAUCAGAGAGAGCUUCGUGUGGUGAUGUUUCCCUGGCUUGCCCACGGUCACAUAACGCCCUUUCUUGAGCUUGCCAAAAGCCUGGCCACUCACGGUCUUAAAAUCUUCUUCGUCUCAACUUCACUGAAUAUCAAACGGAUUAAGCCGGAAGUGUUGGAUGCACCGGGGAUAGAGAUGGUGGAAUUGGCGAUGCCCUCCGUGGAAGGGUUACCACCAGGCGUAGAGUCCUCCGCAGACGCUGCCAAUACAGGAGAAGCGCCACUUCGAAGCUCUGUUGCAACACCUCUCACCAGACUUUGUGAUCCACGAUUUUGUGCAACACUGGGCUCCUCCUUCAUGGAAGGGCUGCUAGACAUCACACGUGAAAACCCAACGGCCCAGGAUCUGACCGUCCCGCCGCCCGGAUUCUCUUCACUGAUUAGUCGGCGUGAAUUGUUUGAAGGUGAGAGGGCCCUGGAGCUAUAUGAAAAGCAUUCAGAUGGGCUUAGCGUCGCUGACCGGGGCAGCAUCUGCGUGCGGGAGAGUUGGGCAGUUGCAUGCAAUACGUGUUUGGAGUUGGAAGGGGUGUACGUUGAGUAUUUGCAGAGCCUCAGAAAGCUGUCGGUUUUCCCUGUUGGAAUACUCGUGCGUGAACUCCCGCCACUCCCCAUUGAUGACAUUUGCUUGCAGUGGCUUGAUAAGCAGCCCCCUGGUUCGGUAGUGGUGUUGGCUUUUGGCAGCGAGUACAUUCUCACACAGCAAGAGCUCGCCGCAAUUCGAGUGGGUUUGCUUGAGAGCAGCGUAUCGUUUCUUUGGGUUCUGCCUGGCGGAGAAGAUAGGUUGCCAGGGUUCCAAGAUCAGAUUGGGGUAUGUUAG